AUGAAAUUAUUUCGUGCAGAAACCGAAAAAACGACUUGCUGUUCGCAAAGUGGCGCCAAUACUGGAUUUGUCCUAACUUUACAAAGUAAAGACACUGCUCACGUAGUAGAUGCGACCGCCUCAUCACUCAAACGCACUAGUGAACCAACUCCUGUCGAUAAAUCAUCUUAUAAAAGUUAA